GGGAACCCCCAGCCGUGCCUGGAGGGGGGCUGCCCUCCAGGGAGCGACCACUGGGCACUCCGGACUGACCGUGGGGGGCGGCUGUUCUCCCCCCGCAUGUCCCGGUGUGCUCCAUGACAGGAGGACAGAUCAUCCCCGGGAGUGGGGCUGUGCCCACGAGUCUCCUGCCUCCACAGCGUCCAAGGGGGAUGGUGAUGUCAGAUGGGCUCUUUGUGACAGACUACUUCACCCGCACACCACGCAAGCUCAGCCCCUUCCGCUCCUUUGCCAGCAUCGAGCUCUUCCACUUCCAUAUCCCUGAGGACACAGUCAUUGCAGUUUGGAACCUCAUCACUUUCAAGGAGCAGGGUGGCACAUUUGGGGAUCAAUGUCCAGACCGUAGCAUAACUGUGUACUUCCGCUCAGGGGCUCCCUCUGUCAUUAACCCCUUGCACACGCACUUCCCCAGGGACACUGCUGUCCCUGGCUCCUUCGCACUGACGCUCACCUGGACCCUGCCCAACCGCACCACGGGGGUGUUCAAUGUCACCAGCCCACUGCCUGGGGACUGGUUCCUGGCUGCCCACCUGCCCAAGGAUGAGGGGAAGAUCUCUGUCAAGGGGCUCUACGAGGAGUGCCAGUAUCUUUUCCAGCCACAGCUCAUCGUGCAGCGCCUGGUGAACAUUGCUGUGCUAUACCCUGGUUUUGUCACCGAGCAGAGCAUGGGCCCCCACAACCGCUCCUGCCUCUACAAGGUAUUUGUGCCCAGCUACACAUCGCGAGUGCUGGUGGAGGUGCUGCGGUGCCAUGGGGCUGAGGGUUGCCCGCUCUGGCUGCGUGUGAGGGCCAAGGCUCCCCCACUGCACAACUCCACAGCGAUGGACUGCCGGGACCACACUCCCUGCCAGCUGGCACUGGACUUGCCCUUCUGGCAGCACUGGUACUACGUGUUGGUGGAGAAACACCCUGGGGUGCCGGGCACUGUCUCCUUCCAGGUCAUCGUGCAAGUCACAGACUGCUCACAACCCAGCCUGGCCCGGCCACCCUUCCUGCCGUCCAGUGCCUCCAUGAAUAUGCCACACUCCUUCGGCUCCAUGGGUGGGCUGGCCCUGGGGGACAGCCCUCCACCUGCCAGCCCGAAUGGCACGAAGCACCCGGUCCCCAUCCCCACCUCCUCACCCGCAAGUGAGCGGUGCUGGCCAGUCCGCCCCACGCUGCGCAAUGAGCUGGACACCUUCUCCGUCCACUUCUACAUCUUCUUCGGGCCCAAUGUGUCAGUGCCACCUGACCACCCUGCUGUCUUUGUCAUCAAUCUCCUACCAGUGCUGGACAGUGGUGGGGUGCUCAACCUGGAGCUGCGGCUCAACGUGAGCUCCCUGUGUGGUGAGAAUGUGACAGUGUUUGGGUGUCUGAACCACGAAGUCCCGCUGACAUCCAGUGACAAUGCAUCAGUCACCUGCGAGACAGAGUCCCUGGCAGGCUUCCUGCUCUCCGUCAAUGCCACGGCCACCCUCAGCCGCCUGCGAAUCCCCUACCCCCAGACAGGCAGCUGGUACCUGAGCCUGCGCUCGCUCUGUGCCACAGAGCAUGGGUUUGAGCCCUGCACCAACGUGACGGCUGAGGUGUACCUGCGUGCCUACCUCUCGCCCUGCAUCAAUGACUGUGGCAUCUAUGGCCAGUGCAAGCUGCUGCGCACCAACAACUACCUGUAUGCUGCCUGCGAGUGCAAAGCUGGCUGGAACGGCUGGGGCUGCACAGACAAUGCCGAGGCUUUCUCCUAUGGCUUCCAGCUCCUCUCCACACUGCUGCUGUGCCUCAGCAACGUCAUGUUCGUGCCCCCCGUGGCCAUCGCUGUCCGCAGCCACUACCUCCUGGAAGCUGCUGUCUAUAUCUUCACCAUGUUCUUCUCCACUUUUUACCACGCCUGUGACCAGCCGGGCAUUGUGGUGUUCUGCAUAAUGGACUACGAUGUGCUGCAGUUCUGUGACUUCCUGGGCUCUCUCAUGUCUGUCUGGGUCACCGUCAUCGCCAUGGCCCGGCUCCAGCCUGUGGUCAAGCAGGCAAGCGCGGUGAGGGGGCACGUGGGGUGGGCACAGAGGGGAUCCAUCCUGAUGGUGCCCUGCUGCCCCACAGGUGCUGUACCUGUUGGGGGCCAUGCUGCUCUCCAUGGCUCUGCAGAUGGACCGCCAUGGGCUCUGGAACCUGCUGGGGCCCAGCCUCUUUGCCUUAGGGAUCAUGGCCAUUGCCUGGACAGCUCGCACUAUCCGUCGCCGCCACUGCUACCCACCAACCUGGAAGCGCUGGGCUUUUUACCUGUGCCCAGGAGCGCUGAUUGCGGCGGCUGCCGUGCUGCUCUACGCCUUUGUGGAGACAGAGGAGAACUACUUCUACAUCCACAGCAUCUGGCACCUGCUCAUCGCCGGCAGCGUUGGCUUCUUGCUGCCGCCCCGUGCCAAGUCCAGCGGGCGCCUCGGGCCGCUGCCCCGGCGCAAAGGCUGUGGGUACCAGCUCUGCGUCAACGAACAGGAGGAGCUGGGGCUCGUGGACCCAGCUGUGGCCUCCAUCAACAGCAUUUGCACCAGCUGAUGUCAACAGCAGCUCGGACACUGCCGGCACGGACAGCAGCUCUGUGGGGCCUGGCAGCUGCUCUCUUUGCUGGACACGCGUCCUCGGGAGCUCCAGGACUCCUCUGGGUGGACACACAGCUGCCCGUGCCAACCUGUUCUUGCAAUUACAACCUGGUUGAACUUGUCUCCGGGAGUUGCUGCAGCUCAGUUUGGUGCAGAGCUGGGGGAGCUCAAGGCUGAGCUGAGGCCAUGAUCCUCUUUUUGCUGGGCCACAGAGGUGCCCAGGGAUUGUGGUUGGGUGCAGAGGGGCAAAUGGCACUGGUCUCUGGCUUUCGCUCAGGGCUCUGUAGCAAGGUCUGAUACUCUGCCACGGGCUGCUCUGGGGCUGAUGCGGCUCCAGUGUGGAGCCAGGUAGUCAGUGAGACGUUUGGGGCCAGGGGCUGCAGCCUUUUUGCUCACAAGAGGGUAGGCUAUAGAGCUGGAAGGACUUUGCUGUGGCACUGUACUCUCACAGAACAGCUUUAAUGCCUGACCCACAGGGAGCUGUACAGUGCUAGGGCAGCUGGGGACCCUGGAAGCCAGCAGGACCAUGGGGAGCCUGUAGCCACGGGGGAAGCUGCCCCUGGGAAGUGGCACUGUGCUGCCUGCUGUGGUGAUGAGCAGGUCUGAAAGUGCACUGCCUGCAAGCGUCACAUCCCCAGAAGCCCACAGCCUCAUUGGUGUCACCCUGCUGCCCAGAGCAGCCCACCUCGGUGACACACACCUGAGUGCAUUCACCCAGGAGAGCAGUGACGCUGCAUCCCUGUUGGUACCACCAGCCAUGAGCAGCUGCCCUGUCUCUGCAAGGCACUGAGCAACUGUGUGUGGGGGGGGUUAUUGCAUGGAUUGUACCUCCCCCAUCUGGUUGUGCCAACUUUGUCUCAGCCCCUAUUCCUCACCUCCCCUGUGGUCAGGCCCUUGGGCUCAGCACCCACCUGAUGACCAUGGUGCAGUGUCAAAUCCCCAGGUUGUGCACAUGGCUCAAGGAUCGGGCAUUUCCACCCUGUCCCCACAGCUGAGAGCAAGCAAGAUGGACCAGAGAGGAGAGGGGAAACCCCACUGCCCCUUCUCACCCCUGCAGUGACUGCUCCAAGCCCCUGGGCUCUUCCCAAACCCUCAGGGGUCUUUGGGCAUGAGUCCCCAGGCAAAGCUCUGCACCCUGGAAGAAACAUCCUGGCUCAGCAGAACCCACCCAUCAGCAGCCCCUCCUCCCCAUGCCCCAGGGACAAAGCCGGGCACAGGGAGCUUUACUGGAUGCCUAACAGGAUUAGCAGCUGCGGGCGGGCAGGCAGCUCUGUAAUAGGAUUGCAAUCUAAUUAAACCUGCUGCCUGGGAGCUGGGCCCCAGCUGGUUGCAGCAGGGUGGGCUCAGGGGGCAGCUGGAGGGACCUCAGGGUGGGGUGGGCAGGAGCAGAAGGAGGGGUGAGCUGUCAAGGGCCAUGGCAGUGGUGGUGGGUUCAGGGCUUUGCUGCCUGCAUCUCUGGGCCUUUGGUGGGGGUGAUGGCUGUGGGACACCAGCCUGGUGUGGAGGUGCCCCAGACAGCGUGGGGCGGCUGAGCAGGAGCCCUGGUCACUGUGCAAGGGGGCUGGGGAACAUGUGCCUCUGCACAUCUUCACCUGAGAGUUCACCCUCCAGCUGUUUCUCUGCCAUGCAAAAUGCCCUGUCUGGUCCAGCCAGCCGGCUGAUGAAGGAUUAAUAUUUUUAAUUAAAAAUGUGGCUCACUUCA